UUUUAUAUACAUCUAAUGAGCCAAAUCAAUUAGAAUUCCAAUCUACGCGCCAUUUCUUAAAUUUUAGAAUAUAGAAGGAUUUGCUGUCAUAACAACCAAAUUUAUUGAUAUUUGAUGUAAAAAAGAUUCGAGCUACUCAAAGUAUGGACAGUUUUUUUGGAUACAAAGAAAUACAAGCAUUACAGAAUCUAAUAUCCCCUCCGAAGGACGAUUCGGAUUCUGAAGAAUUGUAUCAAAAUGAAGCAAAGAGAAAAGGUCCAGGUGAUAUAGAAGUUCAGAAAGAUGUACCUUUUAAUAAUUUAAAACCACAUGCUCCUCUUAAACAAAAAGAUGACAUUUGGCAUUCCUCGGAAAUACAUACUCUUCCUAUUUCUGAAAUAAAUGACCCAAGAAAAGUACCGGACUAUGAAAUCAAAUUUAAACAGUCUGUGAAAACCGAAGAUAUUUUUUUAAAUAUGGGUUUUAAAACACCUAGCACUGCAUCUUGCGAAUGGAUUUCCGUGUUAAUAAAACUUCCUCAAGAAGUUCAAGAGAAGAUUGAAUUAUCCGUUGAAUCAAAGGUAGUUGAUGUGCGUAGUCCUAAAUACCGAUUGCAUCUUCCAACACCUCAUGAAGUAAAUCCUAAUGCAUCAUAUGCAAAAUGGCAUAAUGAUACUGACAUGUUAGAACUCACUUUACAACUCGUUCGAGAAUUAGAUGACAUAAACUUUUAAUAAGUACAUCAACAAAAAAAACAUUUGAUUUGGAUUAAAUAUUAGCAGGAUACAAUAGGUGAGAAAGAAGAAGAGGAACAAAUUCAAAUAAACAAAUAAACAAAUAAA